AUGGAUGACACUAGCGAGGCAAAAGUGAUGGAUUUUGUCACUAGAAACAUUGAUAACAUACCGUUCAAAACCUUGCGCCAUGGCGAAGUGGAGCUACCACAAUCAGAGCAACUGAUACAAAUCCAAGCUACUUUACACAAAGAUCCAGCCUUGUUUCUAAGCAAAUGGGGUCGAUAUCUCUCACAAAACUCAUUGAGGUUGUUUCAAAGGAUUCAAGGUAACUAUGAGGUGGAUUUCUACCUGGACUCUUUGCUAUAUCAACAAGAAGGAGAGUCUUCAUCGCCACAACAACAACAACAACAACAACAAAGUGCAUCACAGCCGCAUAAAAAGUCUGCAAUGCAGCUGUUGGCUCAGAACAGACGUUACAAAUACCUUCAGCAGGAAUUGAGGGGCUCAGAUUACUAUUCAGAUGAAUCCAUCCAGCUGAGAGAACCAGUUUUAUACAACCAGUUCAUCGGGCAGUAUAUACCAGCAAGAGAGAGGGCAAAGCCCUUUGACAACGACAUGACAUUGGUGAACCGUAUAUUCAGCAACAUGGACAGGAAAUUUGUGGAUGAUCAUUUAUAUGAACAAAAGAUUAAGGAUGAAGAGCAAUUUGAAGAAGAAGAAGAAGAAGAAGAAGAAGAAGAAGAUGAUGAUGAUGAUGAAGAUGAAGAAGAUGAUGAAGAGGAUGAAAUGGAAAAAUCAACACCAGUAGUGCUUACAAAACAGAAAGGCAAGGAAGAUGUUGAAAUGAAGGAGGCUACUCUAUCAGAUAAAGAUGAGGAAGAGGAUGAAGACAAACAUACAGAAGCAGAUGUAGAGUACAGAGACGAGCAAAGAGCUGAACUCAUUCGCCUACUAGAAGAAAAGUUCUUGGCCGGUAAAGAUGAAUUCGACUAUGAUCAGGUGGAUUACAAUGAGGACUAUGACGAUUUUCAACAAUUGGAGCAGGACAUCCAUGAUCGCUACUUUGAUGAAGAUGAAUAA